AUGCAUUUCCCGAAAAAUAAAAAACCAAAACUAUGCAAAAAAAAAUACGCACCAAAUAAAGCAAGAAAAAAAAAAUCGUUGAUUGAGCAUUCGUUGAUUGGAUUCACCAGUACUAAACAGAUCAUGAUCUAUGAUGAUAUCAAGCAAAUUGGUUAUCGAAUAUCCCUUGUAUUGAAAGAUCUAUCGUUAGAGGAAGACGAAACAAUUACUGCAGUAGAAACUUUUGAAAAUAAUAUAUAUAUUGGAACUAGCCAUGGAAAUCUCCUCCAUUUUCAUCGAUUUGAAGAUACUUCCGAGUAUAUAUUCAUUACUAAACUAGAGAUAAAUCCCCAUCCCAUCACCAAAUUAUUGUGUGUUCCUUUUAUACAACGACUAUUAGUCGUCUCUAACAGAAUCACGUUUGCAUUUUCAUUGCCCGAACUUUCUCCCUGUCAUAUGAAACGAAUGAAAGACGUUAAUGAUAUGCAACUCUUGAGUAAUAGUAUAUUGGUGUUAUCUCCAUCAAAGAUAAGAAUUAUUAAAAUCCAGGACGAUAAUAUAAUGGUGUCCAAAGAAAUCAAUUAUUCUGGGGCAGUGACAGGGAAUUCGUGUAGGGAUAGUCAUUUUAUCAUUGUUGCAAACAACGUGAAUUAUGACAUUAUAGAUUUGGACAACAAUAGGAAAGUGCCCUUGUUUGCAUAUAAAACUGAAACAGAAGUUAGUCCAUUGAUUGUAUCUUUUGACAAUGAGUAUUUAUUAACAAUUCUGUCAGAUGCUAGUACAUCCAUGGCCAUGUUUAUUAAUAGUUCAGGAGAUGUGACACGAGGAACUUUGACGUGGGUUGGACAAGGAUAUCCUGGUAAAGGAUUAGCUGUGGAAUCACAAUAUGUAUUUUCAGCUUUCGACAAUAAAUUCGUGGUAUCAUCAUUGGAGUCUCUUGAAACCGUUCUUGAGACGGACAACGACCUGUUUUCCAUUAAUAGAGUUGCACAAGUAAUUGUUGAAGAUGAGGAAGUGAAAAAGCUAAUUGAUACCAAUAUCCAACCGGUGGCCUCACAAGUGGUUUUAAAUAAUGGGAAGGAGAUUUAUGGGGUUUAUAAGGAGCAUGAGCUUGUACAGCUACAGCAGAAGUUGAUUGACCACGAAGAGUUGAAGAUAAAUGCAGAUGAAUUUACAGGGGAAACGUAUAAAUACGUCAUUCAUAUGCUACUCUUAUCGGCUAUUGAAUCAAAUAACGAGGAUACAAUUUUGGAGCUAUUAAGUGCUGAAAAAUAUGGACACUUGGUCGUGCAUCCGGAGUUUGUUUUGCAUUUGUUUGGGGAUAAUCAAUAUAAUCAUAAAACGUUUAGUGGUUUGCAAACUUUAUUCGAUAAAUUGGAAUUAUCACAAAAACCGGAUUUGAUGAAAAAAUACAUUCAGGACCUAAAACCGGAGCUAGUAACCACCAAGCUCAAGUUAUACUAUUACGAUGUGGCGACAGAGAAUGAAUGUUUAGAUUUUAUUUCCAAAGAUAACAUAUCCAAAUAUAAUCUGGAUACAAAGUCGAUAAUUGAAUUACUUACAAAAAGGGAAAAAUUUGCAACUGUUUCCAAAUUAUUCAAGAUGUUGAUUAACGGUAAGUGCACAGAACUGCUACACGAUUAUUCGGUGUUUUUGGUCGAUGGCCUUCUGGAUGUACUUUUAGAUGAUUCUAUUCAGCUUCUACAAAGUGGCGAUCUUGAUGAUGCCGACUAUGCAAAGUUGAUAAUUGGUAUUAUAAAGUUUGACAAGGACACAGGGUAUGAUAUCUUGAAAAAAGCACCGAAGAAAUACCAAAAUAUAAAUGCCUCAAUCUUGAAGGAUAUAUCAGGAGAUAGCAACAAUGACAAAGCUUUUGCUGUUUUACAAGUAGCGGUGGUGGAAAAAGCGUAUAAAGAGAAUCCAGCGUUGAAAAAUGACUUACUAGAACUUAUGAUCAACGCAAUCCAAUUAUUGUAUGGAGGUAUCAAAAACCAGUUUGACUUGUUGUACAAAGAAUUCAAUGAAAUGAACUCAUUGGAGAAAGACAAGUGGCCAAAAAUUGCAUGGUUGGAUUUUCUAGAUAUCUGUGGGAAAUCAAAAGACUUGCAGCAAUUUAUCGAAAUAUAUCUCAAGACAUUCGAGUUAACUUUGGGUAGUGAUACAAAUUUGGAAGGAGCAAUUUUUAACUAUUACCACUUGUACCAGAAUCGCGAUAUUAAUGGAUUACUUGAGUUUGGUGAUUAUUCUACUGCUGAAAAAUUUGCCAGUGGUGAAGACCCUUUACCUAGAACAAGGUAUUUCAAUUUGUCUCAAGCUGAUAUUCCAAAUAACAGUCAGCAGGAUUUGCUUCAUAUAUUCAAGUUUUACUUGGAACAGUAUUCUAGUGGGAGACCUGUUGAGUCUGCGAUCAAGCACUUUACAGAACAAUAUUCCAAGUUCAUUCCGGUCUUAGAUUUAUUAAGUUUGAUUCCGGCCUCAUUUCCAUUAGCAUAUUUGGUAGAGUAUUUCAAUGCAACAAUUGUUGAGUUGAAUGAGAAUUACAAAGAUACGUUAAUUAGAAAAUCUGUAUCCAAAGCAGAAGCAUUACGUACAACAAAAUUAUGCAAAAAUUUUUCUAAAUAA